AUGAAUCCCACAGGUAGUUUAAAAAUGCUUGAGGCUGUGUUGAAGCUCUUACUUGACCAGUUCAAGCUACCUUGUGCUUACGCGUUGUUUCAUCAAAAGCGCUGCAUUCUGCUAUAACUUGAUCACUCUGAAGAGGGAGUUCUAUACACAAGCUAGAGUUGUUUCGUAACAUGCAAUGGCGGUCGGUGGUUCAGGAGAAAGAUCAUUGAAGGAGACCCCUACCUGGGCUGUGGCACUUGUUUGCGCCGUGUUUAUUGUCAUUUCUAUUCUUAUCGAGCAUGGCAUUCAUUCCCUUGCCAAGUGGUUUCAAAAGCGGCAAAAGAAGGCCUUGACAGAGGCUCUGGAGAAAAUCAAAGCAGAGCUGAUGCUACUAGGCUUCAUAUCGCUACUCAUCACGGUGGGGACAAAUGUAAUAGCCAAGAUAUGUAUUCCAAAAAGUGCGGGAAGUAUUAUGCUUCCAUGCAAGAAAGAAUACACAGAUGAAACCAAAUACAAAGACAAAGGAAAGGAGGAUGAUGGUGAUGACGAUGGCGACAAUAGGAGAAAAUUGUUAUGGUAUGCCGGAGAUGCUGUCGCACGUCGAAUGCUCGCACCGGCUGCUGGCGAAGAGGACUACUGUUCUAAAUCUGGCAAAGUGCCGUUGAUAUCUCCAUCAGGAAUACAUCAAUUGCACAUCUUCAUAUUUGUGCUGGCUGCUUUACAUAUCAUGUACAGCGUUAUGACAAUCAUAUUUGCUCAAGCCAAAUUGAAGAAAUGGAAAGCGUGGGAACUGGAAACGUCUUCGCUGGAGUAUCAAUUCACAAAUGAUCCUUCAAGGUUCAGAUUUGCUCAUCAAACUUCAUUUGUGCGUCGGCAUAGUGGUUUAUCAACAAUGCCUGGAGUUCGCUAUAUUGUAGCUUUCUUUAGGCAGUUCUUUGCUUCUGUAACAAAGGUGGAUUACAUGACCAUGCGACAUGGAUUCAUUAAUGCUCAUUUUGCUCCAAACAGCAAAUUUAACUUCCACAAGUACAUCAAAAGGUCGAUGGAAGAUGAUUUUAAAGUCGUCGUUGGUAUCAGUGUACCACUAUGGACAUUUGCAAUAAUCUUCCUGCUUCUGAACGUCUACCAAUGGUACACAUUUAUCGGCCUAGCAUUCAUCCCCCCUACAAUACUGGUAAUAGUUGGUGCCAAGCUAGAACUGAUUAUAAUGGAUAUGGCUCAACAAAUUCAAGACAGAACUACUGUGGUGAAAGGAGUUCCUGUGGUUGAGCCUAGUAAUACGUAUUUCUGGUUCAAUCGCCCUCAAAUCAUCCUAUUCUUGAUUCAUUUCACCUUGUUUGAGAAUGCUUUCCAGAUGGCCUACUUCUUGUGGACAUGGUAUGAGUUCGGGCUAAAUUCGUGCUUCCAUGAAAACAUAGCACUAAUCAUCACAAGAGUAGUUUUGAGUAUUGCAUUUCAAGUGUUAUGCAGCUACAUAACCUUCCCUCUCUACGCUUUGGUCAUCCAAAUGGGAUCACACAUGAAGAAGGCAAUAUUCGAGGAACAAACUGCAACUGCACUUAAAAAGUGGCAAAAGAAAGCAAAGGAAAACAGAAAGCUAAGAAUAGCAACAGAACGAGGAGACGCCAGCUUAUCAGGCUUCUCAAGUGUUGCAUCAACCCCUUCGCGAGUCUCAUCGCCAUUGCCAUUACUCCAUAAGUACAGAACUGGAGAUAUCGAGUCCACAUUGACGUCUCCAAGAUACAUGAAUUAUCAUACGCAGACCGAGUUAUCAUCAGAUGUUGGAGGUAGUCCUCCUUCAAAUGUUUCAAGUGAUUACGAAGCUAAGCAUAAUGUCAGAGGUGGUGGCUCUGCUUUUACAUUUCAGUCCCCUUGACAUCGAUGUUUUUUUUAAUAUAAUUGUUAUCUUCUUCUCUUCAGACUCUUAUUUGUUCCAUUUAUUCAACAAGUUCAUUUCUGCUCAA